AUGAAUUCCUCAUCCUAUAUGUACAAUGUGUCGAGCGUUCUGAGUAACCGUGACUCCCCGAGCACAGCUAUGGCCAAAAACAUCAUCAUCCUCACUCUGGGUCUCACCAUCAACUACAUCAACUGUGCACUGAUUCACACCUUCAGGAAACACCAGGUGUUUUACUUGAAUCCUCGUUACAUCCUGUUCAUCCAUCUGGUGGUGAACGAUAUGAUCCAGCUUACGACCACAGUCAGCCUCUUUCUCAUCAGUUACAUCUUCUACACAAUUAAUGCUUCUCUCUGUUGCCUCAUCAUUGUUUUUGCUGUUUUCACAUCUUUUAACACCCCCAUAAAUUUAGCUGUGAUGGCUGUGGAGUGCUACAUCGCCGUGUGCUUCCCUCUGAGACACGCUGAGCUCUGCACCGUCAAACGAACUUAUAUUCUGAUUGUCUGUAUUUGGGUUUUGAGUGCAACAUCUGUAAUGCCUGAUAUCUUUCUCAUUCUGGCCACGGAGCCUGUACGGUUAUUUUAUUCUACAAUAUUCUGUGAAAGAGAUAAUCUGUUUAGACAUCCAGUAAGUUUACAAAAGAGGGAUGUUUCUUAUAUAAUUUAUUUAACUUUAGUUUGGCUCACUCUCUUCUUUGCCUACUUCAGGAUCAUUUUUGCUGCUCACGCAGCUAAUUCAGCCGACAGAAAUGCAAAAAAGGCCAGGAAUACCAUCCUGCUUCAUGGCUUUCAGCUCCUCUUGUGUAUGCUGACGUACGUAUUUCCCAUGAUCAGAAACUCAAUAGUAUUUUGGUUCCCUAAACAUUACAUACACAUCGUCUUUGUUUGUUACAUCAUCGUACAGAUUUUGCCCAGGUUUGUCAGUCCCAUUGUGUAUGGCCUAAGAGACAACAUGUUUAAACAGCAUUUAAGAAAACAUUUGCUCUGUGGCAUGAGAGCAGGCAAGAUGGUGGAAAGACAGAGGCUGCAUCAGGUGGUGAGGGUGCAGCAGGUGAUGAUGCUGCAGCAAGCUAAGAGAACAGAGGAUGCAGCGACAGACAUUGAACUAGAAAUAGCUGUAGCAGAUGCCGAUGAAUCAGAGAUAGCUGCAGAAGGCAAUGAACCAGGGAUGACUGCAGCAGACUGCAAUGAGACCACAGAGACCUCUGCGAACAAAGAACCAGUAGGUGUUGCAACAGACGAUGAGGCUGCAGAAGGUGAUGUGUCAGAAGGCGCUCCAGCAGAGGAACCCAUAGAGGGUGCCACAGAUGAUGAGACCACGGGAACCACCACAGAUGAUGAGACCACGAGGACCGCUGCAGAUGAUGAGCAAGGGGAGGUUGCUGCUAGAGACAUGGGACCCACUAGAAGUUUGGGGUUGACCAGCAGCUUGGGGCACACCAGCAGCUUGGGACUCAGAGCAGUAGCAGCUGCUGGACCAGAGGCAGGUGGAAUAUCAUGGUUAUCUCCAUGGAGACACACAGAGAAAAGGGACACAGGAAGGUGGAGCAUCAUGGUCAACCACUACAGAGACACAGGAAGGUGGAGUGUCAUGGCUGACCCCUACAGUGACACAGGAAAGUGGUGUGUCAUCACCAACUUCCAUGGAUACACAGGUAGGUGGAGCAUCAUGGCCGACCCCCAUGGAGACACAGGAAAUUGGAGCAUCAUCACCAACUCCCAUGGAGACACAGGAAAGUGGAGCGUUAUAGCUGACCCCUACAGAGACAAAGGAAGUUGUAGCAUCACAAGCAAUCCCCACAAUGACACGGGAAGAUGGGGAGUCAUGUGUUUAGGGAGCUGGAGAGCAAUGAAACACAGAAGGUGA